AUGGAACCUUUUCAAGAAUAUAUUUUUAAAGCUGAUUAUUUCAGUACUGUACCUCCUCCAUGGUUACAGUGGUUAAGACGAACAAGAAGUACACCCCCAACUUUACAAGAACUCAUGGAUGAACAAUAUAGACAACAAAAUAUCAAAAUCUUAGCUAAAGAAGCCGAUGAGAAAUGGAAACUAGAAAAAAUGAAGUUGGAGCAAGAACAACAGUUGAAAUUGGACAAUGAAUUGAAAAAGGUGGAAGAAGCAAAGAAAUUGAAGGAACAGGAAUUACAAGGGUUUCAGAAAAAAGAGGUAGAGGAUCCUUGGGGUGAAGCAGAUAAGGCUAAAGACCCGGAAUAUAAUCCUAUCGAAUCAGCUAAUAUCAAGAUAAGAAAAUAA